UCUCUUACUGGUCCAUGGAGUCUGGGGUGUUUCUCAGUCCUAGAGGGGCUUUACAGCCCAGACUGAAGAGGGAGGCAAGGAACCCAAGUUGAAGGGGAGCAGGCCAUCUCACUGCUCCCAAAGUCAUUGCAAGGGGGCAUAAAAGGCUGUUGUGGUUCUCAUACCUUGUCUUUGAAGAUAACUUGGGGCUAACAUGUGAGACGAGGCUUAGGUGGUCUGUGUGGGAAAGAUCUAUUUGAGUCAUAUAUUGGAAUGAACUGCAAACAGUAAACAAACACCACAGUAUUUUCAUCAAAGCGGGACACACGGGGACAAGGGGAAUAUUGGUGUUCCAUCAAACUAAGAUCCUCAACAGUGAAGGAGCUUGGGAAAAAACGUCCGGUAGGGCUGUUAACACUGAUGAGAGAUCUUGUAUGCCAAGAUUGCCUGUAUUUGAACAGACCACAUCAUGCGCGAGUACAAGCUAGUGGUCCUGGGUUCAGGAGGCGUUGGGAAGUCUGCUUUGACUGUACAAUUUGUUCAGGGAAUUUUUGUUGAAAAAUAUGACCCCACAAUAGAAGAUUCAUACAGAAAGCAAGUGGAAGUAGACUGCCAACAGUGUAUGCUUGAAAUCCUCGAUACAGCAGGGACAGAGCAAUUUACAGCAAUGAGGGAUCUCUAUAUGAAGAACGGUCAAGGGUUUGCACUAGUAUAUUCUAUUACAGCACAGUCCACAUUUAAUGACUUACAGGACCUGAGGGAACAGAUUUUACGGGUUAAGGACACUGAAGAUGUUCCAAUGAUUCUGGUUGGCAAUAAAUGUGACCUGGAAGAUGAACGCGUAGUUGGCAAAGAACAGGGUCAGAACUUAGCAAGACAAUGGUGUAACUGUGCCUUUCUAGAAUCGUCUGCAAAGUCUAAAAUCAAUGUUAAUGAGAUCUUUUAUGACCUGGUCAGACAGAUAAAUAGAAAAACACCAGUGGAAAAGAAGAAGCCUAAAAAAAAGUCAUGUCUGCUGCUCUAAGAAACACCUCACGCAGCAGCUCUGAGCCAGAUUGCAGGAAUGAAGAACUGUUGCCCAAUUGGAAAGUGCCAGCAUUCCAGAUGUCAAAAAAUGACAAAGUAACAACAUAUCUGAAGAGGCUUCUCCUGUUUUUAUAUAUUAUGUGAAGAAUUUAGAUCUUAUAAUGGUUUGCACAAGGUCCCUGGAAAAAGAAAUUGCUCUGUGUAUAUCUUUUGGAAAUUAAGACAAUAGUAUUUGUCCUUUGCAAUAGCAGUUAACAGAUGUGAAAAUAAGUAUAAUUGAGUAUAGUUGAUAAUUAUACAAAAGAGCAUGGAUGCAUUUCAAAUGUUAGAUAUUACUACUAUAAUUAAAAUUAUUUCAUAUUGACCUUUUUAUCAUCAUUCUUCCCCAUCAAGCACUAAAAAUGUUCAACAAUUAUACAUUAUAUCUAUUACUAUAUAGAUAUAUACUAUAUGAAUUUUCCCUUUGAACUCACUGCAGCAAAUAACUUUUUGAAUCAUUGACUUCAUUUUAUAUUUAAAAGUUAUGGAAUAUCAUUAUUUUCAUUCUGUCAUUAUAUUCUAAUUAAAAAUGUUUGUGCAUAAUACUUUGGAAAAAUGGGUCUUUUAUAGGAAAAAACUGGGAUAACUGAUUUCUAUGGCUUUCAAAGCAAAAAUAUAUAAUAUACUAAACCAACUCUAAUAUUGCUUUUGUGUGUUACUGUCACAGAUUAAAUUACAAGCUUUUAUGAAUGAUUAAAUUUUAGUACAUUUUAA